AGGGGAAAUAGAUUAUUGGGUCAAGUUGCAACUCACAAAAAUGCUAUACUUUUUGUUUUCCUGUAAACUACUUCGCCCACAAGGAACCCUUUCCAGUACUAUUAUUAUACUACAUAUAUAAUUAACCACUUACACUUCUGCUUGGCGUUGCAGCAAAUUGAUAGUCAUGGCUCACUCCAUCUUACUCACACUCACCCUCUUCCUCCUUUCACACGGUAACAUUUUCUCUUGCUCUUCCUUUCCCUUCCAAUUCCAUUUUUCAGUUAAGGCCAAAGAUGUCGUCGUCGCGGAAGACGGUUACACCAUCACCACCUUAUUCGACGGCAACAAGCCUCACAUAUUCCCUUCAAUCGUCCUUCAACGACCCUUUUCUUCCGAUCUCAUCCUUCUCGAUUCUAUUAACAGCACUUUCUACACCGCGCAAUUCCCCAUUUCCCAAGAAAUCGUUUUCACGAGGCUUUCAGGAGAUGGUUCUGUGGGGUAUUUGGAUGGGGACGUUGGUUCUGCUCGGUUUGAUAAACCCGGAAGCUUUGCUUUUGAUCUUAGAGGGAAUGUGUAUGUGGCUGACAAGAACAACCGUGCAAUAAGGAAAAUUAGUGCCAAGGGUGUGACCACAAUUGCUGGAGGAGAGUUCUCAGAAAAGUCGACCUCAAAGGAUGUCCCUGCACUUAAUGCAUCAUUUUCAAAGGAUUUUGACCUGACCUUCAUUCCGGGGAUGUGUGCUUUGCUGGUGUCAGAUCACAUGCAUCGAUUAGUCCGCCAGAUUAGUUUGAAGGAAGAGGAUUGCACCUUUGGUUCUAGAUCUGGGCUAGGUGCAGUUAUGACUUGGACUCUAGGAUUAGGACUUUCAUGUUUACUUGGCAUAGUAAUUGGGUUUGCAGUGCGCCCUUACAUCAUCUCUAAUAAAGGCCCCAAUUCUUGCCAUUGCAAAGAGACAUGGAAGCAUUGCCUAACCAGUCUGGGGAAGCUAGUUCCGAUGCUCUUCUACGGUGCCAAAAGCGCAAUUGCUAGUUGUAGUUGCUCCUCUGUUUACACGAUCUUGGUGAGGUUUUGGAGAUUGAGCCUCUCAUAUUUUGUUUGCUUGUCUAGAAUUAGAAUAAACAUAGUAGCUCCAAGGCCACAUCUGGAGUCCGUGUCUUUGUUAGAUUUAGAUGCCUGCAAUAGUGGUGAGGUAACAAAACCAGGUAAGUACUAUGAUGACCAAUUGAAGGAUUUGAUGAGUUUUGAUGAAGAUUCAACCAAGGCAUCCUCCAUCAAAGGAAAUGAUAGCAUAGGAAGGAGGAAUAUGUGCCAUGAAGGUGAUCUGUUGGUGAAGGCUAACAUGGGCUUUGUAGAGCCACUUAAAGAUAACAUUCUCCAUCCAGACUCAUCUGUUUGUAAUAUGGGUAUUGUGAAGCGUAGAUGAAGUUAUUUUGUAUGACAGCUCUCUGUCUUGAAACUAGCAUGCAUAUAUAUACAUUCUCACCAACAUGGCAGCACCCAUCUUUUUU